ACCCGGGAGACUGACGCUCCUGGAGGCUCUAGGUGGAGUCCCGGGAGCUGAGGGGGACAGGCGGCCGCCGCCGAAGCAUGAAGAAGGGGUAAGGCAAGAGCCCCUCAAGAUUUCUCGGUGAACUGGCACAAAGGUUGAUCUCAAGAUGCCAUUAGUGAAAAGAAACAUUGAUCCUAGGCACUUGUGUCACACUGCACUGCCUAGAGGAAUUAAGAAUGAACUGGAGUGUGUGACCAAUAUUUCCUUGGCAAAUAUAAUUAGACAACUAAGUAGCCUAAGUAAAUAUGCUGAAGAUAUAUUUGGAGAAUUAUUCAAUGAAGCACAUAGUUUUUCCUUCAGAGUUAACUCAUUACAAGAACGUGUGGACCGUUUAUCUGUCAGUGUUACACAGCUUGAUCCUAAAGAAGAAGAAUUAUCUUUGCAAGAUAUAACAAUGAGAAAAGCUUUCCGAAGUUCUACAAUUCAAGAUCAGCAGCUUUUUGACCGCAAGACUUUGCCUAUUCCAUUACAAGAGACAUAUGAUGUUUGUGAACAGCCUCCACCUCUCAAUAUACUCACUCCUUACAGAGAUGAUGGUAAAGAAGGUUUGAAAUUUUAUACCAAUCCUUCAUAUUUCUUUGAUCUUUGGAAAGAAAAAAUGUUACAGGAUACAGAGGAUAAGAGGAAGGAAAAGAGGAAGCAGAAGGUAUUACAAGAAAUUCAGAAAAUUGAACAGAAAAAUCUAGAUCGUCCUCAUGAACCAGAAAAAGUGCCAAGAGCACCUCAUGACAGGCGGAGAGAAUGGCAGAAGCUGGCCCAAGGUCCAGAGCUGGCUGAAGAUGAUGCUAAUCUCUUACAUAAGCAUAUUGAAGUUGCUAAUGGCCCAGCCUCUCAUUUUGAAACAAGACCUCAGACAUAUGUGGAUCAUAUGGAUGGAUCUUACUCACUUUCUGCCUUGCCAUUUAGUCAGAUGAGUGAGCUCCUGACUAGAGCUGAGGAAAGGGUCUUAGUCAGACCACAUGAACCUCCUCCACCUCCACCAAUGCAUGGAGCAGGAGAUGCGAAACCCAUACCCACCUGUAUCAGUUCUGCUACAGGUUUGAUAGAAAAUCGUCCUCAGUCACCAGCUACAGGCAGGACACCUGUGUUUGUGAGCCCCACCCCCCCACCUCCUCCACCACCUCUUCCAUCUGCCUUGUCAACUUCUUCAUUAAGAGCUUCGAUGACUUCAACUCCUCCCCCACCAGUACCACCCCCACCGCCACCUCCAACCACUGCUUUGCAAGCUCCAGCAGUACCACCACCUCCAGCUCCUCUUCAGAUUGCCCCUGGAGUUCUUCACCCAGCUCCUCCUCCAAUUGCACCUCCUCUAGUACAGCCCUCUCCACCAGUAGCUAGAGCUGCCCCAGUAUGUGAGACUGUACCAGUUCAUCCACUCCCACAAGGAGAAGUCCAGGGGCUGCCUCCACCCCCACCACCGCCUCCUUUGCCUCCACCUGGCAUUCGACCAUCAUCACCUGUCACAGUUGCAGCUCUUGCUCAUCCUCCCUCUGGGCUACAUCCAACUCCAUCUACUGCCCCAGGUCCCCAUGUUCCAUUAAUGCCUCCAUCUCCUCCAUCACAAGUUACACCUGCUUCUGAGCCAAAGCGUCAUCCAUCAACCCUACCAGUAAUCAGUGACGCCAGAAGUGUACUUCUGGAAGCAAUACGAAAAGGUAUUCAGCUACGAAAAGUCGAAGAGCAGCGUGAACAGGAAGCUAAACAUGAACGCAUUGAAAAUGAUGUUGCCACCAUCCUGUCCCGUCGUAUUGCUGUGGAAUACAGUGAUUCAGAAGAUGAUUCAGAAUUUGAUGAAGUAGAUUGGUUGGAGUAAGAAAAAAUGCAUUGAUAAAUAUUACAAAACUGAAUGCAAAUGUCCUUUGUGGUGCUUGUUCUUUGAAAAUGUUUGGUCAUUCCAGUGUUUUGCUUUCUUUUCCUUAAGGUAAAUAACCCUUUUCCUCCAUAAUUUUUGAUUUUUAAGAAAAAUAUUAGCACACAUUUCAAAUUAAAUGUUUUACAGUGGCUUAUCUUUUUUUAUUUUUCCCUGAAAAGACAUCAUUUGGUCAAAUAAACCACUAAGUAUUAAGCAUGGACGGCUGUUGUUAGAGUAGCAGAUUCAGUUUUUUGAUAUAUCUUAAUUGUGCACUUUGUGAAUUUUAAUUUAAAGAAAGCAACUGAGAUUAAAAAUCUUGCGGGCAGCUGUAUCUAUUAAUGAGCCUUAUCCCAUUUCCCGGUGUGUUAAAAGAAGAAACACUGCCUUGAUUAUAUGAAUACACUCAGAAAGUACAUUUAGCUUGUAGUAUUGAAUUCUCUUAAAGGAAUGCUUGAAUUUUUUUAAUUAUUGUUUUAUUGUUUUAAAAUACUUGCCUUAUUUGAAUGUUUAGCAGUAUCCCCUUCCUACUUAUAUAUUGUGUGAUACAAUUUUGCUUGCUGGUAAGAGUUUAAAAAAUUUCCAUGUGAAAUACACUGACAUAAACCAUGUAACUUACAUAACUGUUAAGAAUAACAGUCUGAUUUAAUAAAUGGUUCAUUUUAAAGGUU